AUGCGGGCCAGUUCCACUUCAUCAACUGAUUCAAAUGGUUUCCCCGUGAAAGAUGCGGAUGCUCUCAAGCUUUUUGUCGGACAGAUUCCGCGUAACCUUGAAGAGAAAGAUCUACGUCACUUGUUCGAACAAUUUGGGAAAAUCUACGAGUUUACCAUACUAAAAGACAAAUAUACUGGUAUGCACAAAGGUUGCGCUUUUCUCACAUACUGUCAUCGUGAUAGCGCUAUAAGAUGUCAAGCGGCUCUUCAUGAUCAAAAAACGUUACCUGGAAUGAAUCGUGCGAUGCAGGUGAAACCAGCCGAUACAGAGAGCAGACCUGCCAGCCCAAAGGACAAGGUUGAUGAUAAAAAGCUGUUCGUUGGUAUGUUAUCCAAACAUCAAUCCGAAGAUGAAGUUCGCGCCUUGUUCGCACCAUUUGGAGCUCUCGAAGAGGUUACGGUUCUUCGCGGCGCUGACGGUGCUUCAAAAGGUUGUGCAUUUGUGAAAUUUAAAAAUGCACUGGAUGCUCAAAUGGCGAUCACCGCACUUCAUGGAAGUCAAACAAUGGCCGGUGCAAGUUCAAGUCUUGUAGUUAAAUAUGCGGAUACUGAGAAAGAAAGACAGGUUCGUCGUAUGCAGCAGAUGGCCGCGCAGAUGGGUCUUCUAAAUCCGGUGCUGGUGAACCAGGUCGGCGCACAAUAUAGCGCUGCGUACCAGCAGAUUCUCCAACAGCAGGCAUUAGCGAAUGCUGCAGCCGCUCAAACUUCUGCUGCUUACAUGCCACUUGUUCAACAUCCAGCGUUGAUGCAAAUGCCAAGUGCCACACCACUGCUCACACAUCAAGGCCUAGCUCAAAUAACUCUGGCCGGUUCACAAAUGGCUAUGCCAGGAAUCCCUGCUCAACAUCAUUUUCAGACGCUUCAAGCGUUAGCCGCCCAACAACAACAUGUUCAACCGGAAUUCCAGUGUUCUCCUCCUUCAAGCACGAACGGUGAUGCCGCAUUCGCUAUAUCAAAUGCCGGCUAUCCAAUAAUCAGUAUGGAUCAGCAUAACAAUGUGGCGCUGCAGCAGUUGGCCCAGCUCCAUCAACAGGCAGCGGUCAUGCCGCUCGUCACCCCCAAAGAGGUGCUCGGUCCCGAAGGCUGCAACUUAUUCAUCUACCAUCUGCCGCAAGAGUUCGGCGAUGCCGAACUCAUACAGAUGUUCGCGCCAUUUGGGAAUGUGAUUUCCGCCAAGGUAUUUGUGGACCGAGCCACCAACCAGAGCAAGUGCUUCGGAUUCGUGUCGUACGAUUCGUUGGCGGCAUCGCAGGCCGCGAUCGCGGCGAUGAACGGCUUCCAAAUUGGCAUGAAACGCCUCAAGGUGCAACUGAAGCGGCCUCGUCAGGAUCGUCCGUACUAG